AUGGACACACCGCUGCUCAAGUCAACGACGACCACCUACGCCUCGGCUUCCACGCUUGUGAACCAUCAUCCUGCGACGGCGCGGCUGCUGGACCGCGCAGGAUCGUUCAACCCACACGUUGAUCCUGAUCCGUCGACGAAAGGGCUCUACAACAUCUCGCGUGUCGGCGGCAAUUGGCGUCAGAUCUACUGGGACGACCUCUUCCACACGGUCAUUCACACCAACACGAUCCGCAUGUUGUCUGGCAUCUUCCUCACGUACACGGCCGUGGUGUUUUUCUUUGCGACGCUCUACUACUCGGUUUCCCAACACGACGAGCAGUGCCACGUCGGCAUUUCCACGCUCAUGGAGGCGUACAUCUUCUCCGUCGAAACCAUCAUGACCAUCGGGUACGGCGCUCCCACGAAUGACAUCUUUUACGGCGGCUGCUCGUCCAUGGCGCUGCUCCUGACCGUCGAAUCUGUCUCCGGCAUCUUCCUCGACAGCCUUUGCUUUGGCGUGUUCUUUGUCCGGUUCUCCCGCGCCACGAGACGGGCCACGUCCGUCGUAUUUUCUAAGCACGCCGUCGUCCAGCAGAUCCACGGCGAGUACUGUGUUCUGUUUCAAGUGUGCGAACGCCGCCGGCAUCAGCUGGUCGAAGCGCACGUGCGCUGCUACGGCGUCGCCAAGCGGCACUCGGACGCGCCGUUCCAGACACUUCCGAUGCGAAUUCAAAGCCCGGACGACAACUUGGGAGCGUUUGUCCUCCUGGCGCUGCCCCAACUGAUCGUCCACCGCAUCGACCCAUCGAGCCCCCUCUUCCCCCCUCCGGCUAGUAGUACUAGUAGUACUAGUAGUGUGACACAGUGCGAGAUUGCGCACCAUAUGGCCCAGUCCGAUUUGGAACUGGUGGUGGUGCUUGAAGGCACCGACGCCACUUCGGGCAACACCAUGCAGGCCAGGUACUCGUACACUGCCGACGACAUCAAAUGGCACCACACGUUCGCGCCGUGUGUGUCCCGGGAUCCCGUGACCCACGGAGCAGUUGUGGACUUUGACCUGUUCCACACUCUCGUGCCUGCUCCGUCUUGUCCGUCGACCGUCGUCUAGCGAUAUGGGGCUGCUGCCAUUGUAUGUGUGUAAAUUUGAAAUCCAUAUCAUUGCACUUACAA